AGCAUGAGGCAACCAUCUGUCUCUGCUCGGCAUGGCUGCCACGCAACCCAUGGAAACGUUUCCUUUAGACAAACCAGCUACAUAUAGGCUAAAGAGUGUGAAGGCGGAAGAUUGUAGUGCUCAGUAAAGAGAAACCAUAAACAGAUAUGGCUAAACAGAUUGAGGAUGCAUUGGCAAGAGCAGCACCUCUUGCACCUGUUACUUAUGAGAGACCUGUUCCGGAUGACUUGGAGGAUACACUGCGUAAGCCUUACGUGGCAAAAGCAUUGCAAGCUCCUGAUACAGAACAUCCUCAUGGAACACCAAGACAUAAGCAUUAUGGCAUGACUGUCCUCCAGCAGCAUGUUGCCUUUCCGUGGGAGACUUAUAGUGGAUUUUGUGCAAUUGGAUUCAAUCCAGUUUUCACUCUUAUCAUGGCUGUUGCCAUCAAUGGAGCCUUGAGCUAUGCUACAUUGCCUGGAUGGUUUCCUUCCCCCUUUUUUCCCAUAUACAUACACAACAUACAGAGAGCCAAGCAUGGGAGUGAUUCAGGAACAUAUGACACCGAAGGAAGAUUUAUGCCUGUGCAUUUUGAAAACAUUUUCAGCAAGUAUGCUAUUACAGUGCCUGACAAGCUGACCUUCGGAGAACUCUGGGACAUGACAGAAGGACAGCGACUCGCCUUUGACCUUUUUGGAUGGAUUUCGGCCAAGUUAGAGUGGGUGAUCCUCUACAUUCAUGUAAGAGAUGAAAAAAGCUAUCUGUCUAAAGAAGCUAUUCGGCGCUGUUAUGAUGGCAGCUUGUUCGAGUAUUGUGCUAAAAUGAACAUGGGAAGUGAGGCUAAGAUGCGUUAAUGGCUGCCAUAACUAAUGAUACUAGCGUAAUAAGUUGAGUGUCUUUACCUUGUGUGGAUAUUGCAAACCAGCCUAGGUUAGUAUCUAGCUAGAAGCCUAGAACUAGCAAAGAAAAGGUCAAUUAAAUAUGGUAGUGAGAGUUCUUCAACAUCCAACUUGUGUAUCAAUCUUCAAGUUUGUGAAGUCAGCAUUUCCUCUUUUCGGCUAUAA